AUGGGGUCAAUCAAAGCGUCCGAUGAUGCAUCCAAGUUCAUUUUGACAGCAGAAGCCUUGAACCAGGCUCUGCCCCAAAUGCAUGUGUCCACAAGAGCAAUUCAUGCCGAUGACUUUGUCAGUUCCCAUCGUGCGAUUGCCCCUGGCAUGCAUACGGCGGUCAACUUUCGCUAUGCACGCGACCCAGAUAAUCUUGUGCCGGAGGAAAACAAAGAUGCAAGUUCCCUGAAGAUUGAGUUGCCGAAUGCCCCUUAUGACUCCCACGUAUAUUCUCGCUACACGGCACCAAACACCAAUCGCUUGGAAGUCCUGCUGAAAAAUAUCAUGGGUGGAGAAGUGAUCACUUACUCGACCGGACUAUCCUCCUUCCACGCCAUGGUUGUUCUCCUCAACCCGAAGAAAGUAUUCAUCGGUGAUGGAUACCACGGGUGCCAUGGAGUUCUGGACAUCAUACAUCGAUUGACAGGGGUUCAAAAGCUGGACCUGACAGAUGUCGAUCAAGCUGGACCUGGUGAUAUGAUCCACGUUGAAACGCCCCUUAAUCCCACGGGCGAAGCUCGCAACCUUGCCUAUUAUCGAGCAAAGGCGACUGAAAAGGGUGCCUACUUGACUGUCGACGCAACUUUCGCACCGCCCCCGCUACAAAACCCUCUCGACUUUGGAGCAGAUAUUGUGAUGCACAGUGGAACAAAAUACGUUGGGGGCCACUCAGACAUGCUUUGCGGUAUUCUGGUCAUUCGUCCAGAUCAUGUCGAGGAAGGAUGGCUGAAGACGCUUCAUAAAGAUCGUCAAUACAUUGGAAGUGUCAUGGGAAGCUUUGAGGGCUGGCUUGGGAUCCGAUCCGUUCGCACUAUGCAGCUUCGAGUGGCUCGGCAGGCACAAACAGCAGAGAGACUGGCUAAGUGGCUACAUGAGCAGCUGCAAGACCCCAAAUCCCCAGUUGGCAAGGUUCUGAGUCAUGUCAAGCAUGCCUCGCUGCAGGAGGAUGAUUUGAAGGACGGAUGGCUGCGCAAGCAAAUGCCUGGAGGCUUUGGCCCGGUCUUUUCCAUGUGGGCCAAGAAUCCGGAUCAUGCUCGUCGUCUGCCCACCAGGAUGUUUGUCUUCCAACAUGCGACUAGCCUGGGGGGGCGUGGAGAGCCUGAUGGAAUGGCGUACUAUGAGCGAGGCAGGCUGUGA